CAAUUGGAAGAUCCAACAGACGCGCAAGAAGUGGCUGGCCAGCGAGCUCAAUGACCAAACAUAGUGAUACUACGUCAUCGCCACUGCAAAGUGUGACAGUCGUGUACGAUACGAUACUCUACAAAGAAACCAGUCCGUCACUCGUUGCGUAGCGUGCACUUGGAUGGCGAUGCCGCCCACGGCAUCCAUGUGGGCGGCGUCACGGCCAACACAUCCAUGUGCUGGGUACUGACUGAAUCGAUUCGAGCGUACAUUGAAACGUACACGGCAGCCGACCUUCCAGGGAUAUCUGGACUGUACGACAUGACUUCUGGUCAAGUGGUGGAUCUGGCCUCGACGGUGAUUGACGUUCCCAACAACCAAGUCGACGAGGAUACCUGUCCUCUUCUUCGGUACGGCGCCGUCCGCCUGCCAGACACCGGUCGGCGUCAUCGCCCCCCCAUCCCCGACGAAUCCUCCACUUCUUCCCCUCAAGAACAGAAAUCGGACCCAUUCCGACUCUUCGUCAAGACGAUUCAGUCAUCUCUAGGUAAAGCCACGCAGCGCUCCAACAGCUUUCCACGCUUCAAGCUGUUGCCACCACCACCGUCUCCGUCCCAACCACCUCCUCUCGACAACGUUCCAUCACGACGAAUUCAAAGCCUGCCGACGACUCUCUCGCUGGUGGACUGUGUCACUCAACUCAGGUCCGCGUCCGUGGCGGAGCUGUCCCUUGCAUGUAAUGUGUCGACAGCAGUAGCUAGGCAGGUCGUGGCUAUCGCAAACACUUGCGUCCCACAGGUCCCCACCACGCCCCCUUCGACUCGUACCACCACCUCGUCGUCCUCCACUACUACUGCUACUUCUUCCCCAUCUAAUCAAAUCGACCCAACCACGAAAGGUGCUGGCCCAUCAUUCUCGUCAUUCCCGCCACCUUUCAACAACCAAGAGGACGUCCACGACAUCGAAGAAGACUCCCCAGCGUUCCGUCGCGUCCUGCAGGACAUGGACAGCAUUUCCGCCACAGCCCACGGCCGUGUGCAGACGAUCGUGAGUGCCGCCGCCGCCGUCAUCCAAGCCAGUCAAGGGUUUAUGGAAGCAUUCAGGCAUUUCCAACAAGCGAUGGACGAUACCCUUCAUUGGUGGACCAACCAGAACGAGAGCGAUGACGACUGUGCAUCAUCCACUCCUCGCCAGAGUUUCUUACUUCGUCCAUUUUGGCAGCACAUGGAGGAGGAUGUACUCUCCUCUCACGUGGCCAUCACCGACGCUUUAAACGUGCAUGUGAUCACGUCGUGGAACCAGUUUGCCCACCUCUACCACGGCGACGAAUAUGCUCGCCGUCGACACAAGCUGAAUAUGCGAUUCACGCAGCACCACAGCCUUGCGCUGGCGUAUGCCAUGACUCCAUUGGCCAACGACGUGAUGCUCAACAUGGAAGCGGAAGGCCAGGAUCGAGUGCUCGGCGCAGCGCACGACGCGUUUGAGUCUGCACGACAUGACGUCGUGACUCAUUUUCGCUCCAUGCUUUGUCAAGGGCUUCAUCUUUGGAAUGCAACUGGCUGUGCGUUAUCGAAGCUCCAUUCGGCGGAGAAACAACCAAAUUUAGUUGAGGGGGACGGGGGGGGGGCACAUGUUGUUGUUGUUGGCAGCAGCACUGCUUUGAAACCCGAGCUCGUGACCGAUGAGGGUGACGAGAAAAGCAAAGGCGGGUCCAGUAGCCAGGCCGUAGAAGCCACGACGUUGGCAAUGAACAAGAAAGUGAUGAUGCAAGGGUACUUGUUUCAAGUAGUGUCUGCCACGAUGGCCCGGUCCAGGCGAUGGGUGUACAUUCAAGAAGGAAGGUUACUUGCUUCCACUGACGAUCUACUGAUGCUCGAGCCCGAGGUGGUAGUGGCUCAUCUGUCGUCCGCCACUGCAAUCCGAUGCCAGUCAGCAGCCUUCCAUCAACCAAGCCCAGUGUAUCGUCAACUCCGCUAUGGAUUCCAAAUCACGAACAACAACAACGAACGGUCGACAGCUUCAACAUGGCAGGCCGACACCCGCCAGUCACUUGACCAGUGGAUCCAAGCGCUCACAUUUAAUCACGAUCAGUCCAACCUGGGCUCCACUGUCACCACUACUAUCCGUACCCUUCCAUUGCCCACCUCCUCCAUCACCCCAUCAUGUCCUCCGUCCAGCCCAACCCCCCAGCGUAAAGCAGUGUCCACCCGCCAUCGUUAUCGUCGUUGUGACGAGUCCAUCCUUGUCUUUCACCCGCCUGAAACCUCUGCGGAUUCCUUUCAUGAAAUCGUGCGGCACACGUUUCCCUGCUCUGUGCAAUCGUACUUGCAAAGGUUUGUACAGGACCCGUCGUUUUCCAAGUCUUUCUUGGCCCAUGAACGCGCGACAGCGAUUUCAUUCACUUCGUGGCAACUGGUCGAACCCCAUCAACAUCAACUACAACAACAAGAACAAGAUGAAACCUCUUGUUACACACGCAGGCGCAGUUGUGUGCUGCCUGUCGAGUCUGCCCUGACCAAUGGAACCUCUCGCAUCGACGGCACCGAUAUGUAUCAAGUCGUAAGCGAUCCCCCGUCGUGUCUUCGGCUGCUUUCGUCAGAUGUGAGCGUGGACGUGCCCUACGGGUCGUACUUUACCGUCCAGUCUUGCACCACCGUAACAAGUGCCAACGACAACGACGACAACGACGACCAGUGUCAAGUGGUUGUGACGGUCGGCGUGUACUUUAUCAAACACACCAUGUUUCGCCGGAUGAUUGAGCAAGCGUGCGUGACCGAAGCGACGCGAUCGUUUGAGAGGUUGGCCCAGCACAUGCUCGCGGCGCUCCAAGCUGGCAACUAAAGUAUGGGGAGUUAGUUGUCUCGAAUAACGUUAAACCUGGCAUAUAUAUAGUACUGCUUG